AUCUAAAGACACCAAAUUCAAAGUUUUUCAACUACCCAGAAGUAGUAGAAAUAUCUGAUACGGAUGAUGAGCAAACAACAGCGGAUACAACCAAAUAUGAAUAUUCUGCAUCUGAAAUGGUAUCAGAAAAAAGUAAUUGGGAUAAAGUUAGUGCGAUAAGGAAUAAUAGAGGUGUUCAAAGAGAAUUGAGUGCUUUGUCACAUGAAUCUGAUAGCACAAAUAAUUCUGAAUAUCCAAAAACUUCACUGACUGGAGUUGCUAGUAUAUAUAAUGUUUCUGGAUGGGAUCCUAAUGAAGCUAAACAAGCAUUUGGAAUUGCCAAUAUUCAAUAUUCUUAUAGAAAUCCUGGAAAUAUACAACAAAUACAAAAAUGUCUAUUUUUAGGAGUAUCUGUUCAUAAAAACUAUCACUCAUGUCAGGGUAUAAAAAUAUAUGAAUUUAGUUCACCAGAACUUAAUGUUGUACAUACAUCUAUUGAUUUGAAAAUCAAUUAA